CCUGUAUAUACAGUUAAAUUAUUGGACUUUUAUUUUAAUGUUUUCCUUAUUAAUUAAAAACUGAUAUUAAGAUCAGUACGCGCAAAAUCAACCCCCAAAAAAAUGGAAAUUGUGAUAUUCAUAAUCAAUUUACAGAACAUAUUCAUGAAAAUUAAAUAUAAAUAUCGUUAGAAUGUUAUAGAUUUUUAUAAAGAUUUCUACAAAUAUUAAUUUGUAUAUUUGUACAAAUUGUAUGCAUUGUCACUGACAAUCAUUGAUAUCUGAAAUAAAUCUUACAUUCUUGAUAAAUAAUUUUUCAUUUGGUGAUUAUAUGAUGAAAAUUUUUAAAUACGAAGUUUGUACAUAUAAUAUACAUAUAACGGUGGGUUUUUAUUAUUAUUUAUUAUAAUAGUAUUAAUAAUCAAUAGUUAUUAAUAUACUACAAAUAAUAAAUUUAAUGGAACAACAUGCGCUUCCUUCAAACACUGUAAAGUAUCUGUCCAUAGUUUGGGACAUCUAUUUAGUUUUAUUAUGUUACGUGUAUUUCGGAAGCUCGUGUCUCUCUUCGCUUAGUAUUCACAUGGUUUCUUACAAAAUGUUUUAUAAUGUAACACUUCUAUACAUAUUUAAAGUAGGAUCUUAAAAUCAGGUGUACACAUUUCUUGCAUUCAAAUGCAAUUAUCGUAGCUUUUACAUGUAUCAUAAAUCGUGCUGUACAUACAAAGGCAAGAUUCAAUGGAUCCAGUUUUCUCGCACGUUCAUAUCAAAAAAGGGAAGAAAGAUAAUUUGUAUCACAAAUUAUAACAAAAAAAGCAUAUAAAAGUACAUAAAAAGAAGUCAGAUCUAAUCAAAUUAUAAUCAGCAAGUAUGGUAUAUGAAAUACAAAUCCAAAUGCAUUCAGCAUAACAUUUCAUCAAUAAAAAUCAAAAAAUUCUAUAAUUCAUGACAUGACCAAUAUUUUUUUCACAAAUCUUCUACGAGCAAAACGCAAACUUAAACUUAAAUGUAAUUAACAAGUUUUUAAAGAUUGCAAAUAUAAUUUAAUCGGAAAAUUUUAAUAUAAUAUUUAGUUAUUUAUCGAAAGGCAGAAUAUAAAUGUUUAUAAAUACAUUACAUGACUCUUAUUUUUGAACUGUAAGAUAAUUUAUAAAGAAUUUGCUCUUGCUAAACACAUGCAAAAACAGAAGUACAUGAAGUCAUUAGGUAUUUAUACACAUACACUCAUGAUUACAAAUUUCAAAACUAUUGGCUUACAGUUCUCAGCGUACAAUGACCAUCAUCUUUAACAAAAUUUUCAAUAUUACCUUAGAACACUGCGAUCAAAUUGUAAUUCUUAGGAAGCAUGCGUUCUCACUUUUAUAGCGAAUUAAAUGAUUACAUCGCUCGUAAAAGACGAAAAAAAUAAACAUGUCAUAAGAGCGGCUUGUUUUAAUACCACAAAGUUGAGGUAAUAUCUCAGCACAUCUUACAAAUUACCAAAAAAGAAAAUAAAAUAGGAUUUAGAAUAAAAUAUUUACGGUAAAUCAAUAGUAAUAAACCGUAAAUAUAGUAGUAUUUAUAUAUAGUAACUAUUGAUCGACAGAAGCUCUCGGAAAAUCGCAAAAUCUCCUAUGAAAUCAGUAUUUAUUUAAUGUGUCACUUUAAAUAAUAUGAACAUUUAAUGUGAUAUUUAUAAUUUAUAGUCGAUCGUACGAGAAUAAGUACAAGAGGAAGAAUUAACAACGUGACGUUAAUGAUGCAAGAGAUAAGAAAUGUGGAACCUAUUAAUCUGAUACUCCUGAUUAGAAGUAUAACUUGUAUGUAAAACGAAGAUCAGAAUUACGUAUACUAUACCGAAGUAGAAAUAAUUUUGCCAAACAAUUGGAAAAAUGGAACCGAAGGACCAUGAAUUUGAAAUGCUGUAACGAUUCUCUCAAGAGGAGACGAAAGGUCAUUACGUGUUUCAAACAAAGAAUGUGUCCUCGUCGAUAGGUUUGAAAGACGGCGAAGGAAUUUUAUCGAGCAGCUGCAACCUGCGGUUUGCUAACACGUGUGUGUGUCGAGAAUGCUGAAGGCAACCUAAGUCGCAACAGCGCCCCUAUGGAAAGGCCUAUCCAGGUAUAUAAGAUCUAUAGCCGAAGGCUAUACACAUACUAUAGCUUUGCGCGCUCACCGCAUGAGGUCCUCAAGAUCAAUUCGGAGAUCGCUUGUCACUUCUUGGUUACGUCUGUCGACCUUUAAAUUUCUUCCGUGCAAUGAAAAUAAUUUGUGAGUGAGAGCUAACUGCGUUUUUGCCAGAAAAAAACCAUGGCGAGUGUAGAAAUUCCGAUGGGAGACAUGCAAGUCUCAUCGGAGAAAUAUAAAGCUACAAACGGGUUUGAAUUUCUUCAGUUACCUCAAUUACCGCUUGGACAAAUAGGGUAUCCUCAGGCUCAUGAUUGGAUUGAACACAGAAAAGCUAAUAUUCGGCCAUGGUCGUUAUUUCUCAACACAAACAACAUUAGACCACCGCCGAAUAUAAGUAGAUUAAGUAAACGAAUUGUGAAGAACAUCGAGUACUUCCAGAGCAAUUAUCUAUUUGUAUUUAUAGGACUAGUUAUAUACUGCUUAAUUACUUCACCAUUAUUGCUGCUGACGGUGGUUGGAUCUCUCGGAAUAUGCUAUAAGCUUUCUCAGCGGCAUUCCAAGCAAGAAUUGAUGAUAUUAAAUCAUAAAUUGACUUUAGCACAAGUAUACUCUUUAGUAGGUAUUUGUUCUCUGCCCGUGUUUUACUUGGUUGGUGCGCACGCAGCUGUUUUUUGGGUGCUUGGAGUUUCUUGGUUUCUGAUAACGCUACACGCUGCGUUUUAUAAUGUCGAUGCAGUAUUGUGCCCAGGAGAGGAAGAGUUGAACGCACUAGUUAUGCAAGAACUUUCUCACUCUGGUACAAAAUAUAGUUUAUAUUUUGUCGAUGAAAUUCGUUCAGUCGAUUUUGUACUUGUGUGGGAUGAAUACAAUGGGGAAGCACAAACCUACCACAACGUCGAGCACAGAAAGGUGUUUGAGAAAAAUUUGGAGAAGGAGGGAUUGGAGUUGGAAUACGAGCAAGUAGAACCGAACGGCUUACAUUUCAUAAAGAUUCAUGCGCCCAGAGAAGUUUUACGACGUUACGCUGAGAUAUUAAAACUUAGACUGCCAAUGAAAGAGCUGCUUGGCUGUCAGAUGCCUGCGUCAAGCAGUAAUAUUAUCAUUAAAGAGGUCAAUACGUUUAUACGACGUAUUAUGGGCAAGUACUACGUUGACAAGACCAUUUUUCCGACAAUGAAGCAAAACUUCACAGCAGUGUACAGUAGAGACAAGGAAUACUUGUUUGAUUUGGAUAUGCCAAAUUUUUUCACGUCGGCAACGCGAUCCCGUAUUGUGCAGUUUAUAUUGGAUAGAGCUAGGUUCACAGAAACUAAGGAAGACGAUUUUGCAUUUGGUAUUGAACGAUUGAUAUCCGAUCGCGCGUAUGUCGCGGCGUACCCGCUUCACGACGGAAAUUUACACACUGCAGACUCAAUGCGUUACCUCCUGUACACUGAAUGGGCCAGUUUGAGAAAAUGCCUUCAUUAUCAGCCCUUAGAUUACAUCAAAGAGUAUUUUGGCAUAAAAAUCGGACUUUACUUCGCCUGGUUGGGAUUCUAUACUCACAUGCUGAUCCCAGCCAGCAUCGUCGGCCUUCUAUGUUUCAUAUACAGCUGCGCUACUUUGUAUUACAAUGAACCGAGCGAAGAUAUUUGUAACGGCAACGGUACCAUAGAGAUGUGCCCGUUGUGUGAUUAUUUCUGCGGCUAUUGGGACCUCAAGGAAACGUGUUUACACGCAAGAAUUACGUACCUGUUCGACAAUCCGUCGACGGUGUUUUUCUCUAUCUUUAUGUCGUUAUGGGCCACACUGUUCCUCGAACUAUGGAAGAAAUAUUCUGCUGAAAUAACUCAUCGGUGGGAUUUGACUCAUUUGGAUACUCAAGAAGAAUAUCCUAGGCCACAGUACUUAGCACGGCUUGCCCAUAUUAAAAAAAAGUCUAUCAAUAUCAUCACAAAUACAGAAGAGCCAAAAGUGCCAUAUUGGAAGAUGAGAGUGCCUGCCACGAUUCUUAGUUUCUCAGUUGUCCUACUUUUGAUAGUUGUAGCUAUGGCCGCUGUACUUGGAGUAGUUCUGUACAGGAUGUCUGUUUUAACUGCAUUAAGUGUUUACGGACAUCCUAUGGUAACUAGUUACGCCAUAUUGUUCACUACUGCGACCGCUGCAAGCAUUAAUCUCUGUUGUAUCAUUUUGUUUAACUGGCUAUACGUUUGGCUGGCGGAAUAUCUAACAGAGAUCGAAUUACUUCGCACCCAGACCGAGUUCGACGACAGCUUAACUUUGAAAAUUUACCUGUUGGAAUUCGUGAACUACUAUGCUUCCAUAUUUUACAUAGCAUUUUUCAAGGGGAAGUUUGUUGGUUAUCCGGGAGAGUACAAUCGCUUUUUCGGCUUUCGACAAGAGGAAUGCGGACCGGGCGGUUGCCUCUUGGAGCUGUGUAUUCAAUUGAGCAUUAUCAUGAUUGGGAAACAAGCCAUGAACACCAUACUGGAAAUGCUGUUUCCGUUGUUUUACAAAUGGAUGAACACUUUAAAGGUUCAUGUAGGUAUGAAAAAACUGGUGGACAACGAUAAGAGAUACUCAUCUAGGAAACACCUGCAAUGGAUUCGAGAUUACAAACUAGUUCAGUGGGGACCUAGAAGUCUGUUUCCCGAAUACCUGGAGAUGGUGCUACAAUAUGGAUUCGUUACAAUCUUUGUCGCUGCUUUCCCAUUGGCGCCAUUCUUUGCAUUACUAAACAAUGUUUUCGAGAUGAGACUGGAUGCAAAGAAAUUAUUGACCAUGUAUAGACGGCCAGUUGGACAACGGGUCAGGGAUAUAGGCAUAUGGUAUCGCAUUCUCGAUUCCAUUUCUAAAUUAUCUGUUAUCACUAAUGCAUUCAUCAUAGCUUUCACCUCGAACUUCAUACCACGAUUAGUUUACCGUAUAACACUCUCCGAUAAUUAUUCACUGGAAGGUUUCCUGGAGCAUUCUCUAGCACGAUUCAAUACGAGCGAUCUGAAAAAUGGUACUCAACCGAUGACGUCGCUGGGUCAAAGCCCUGUCGAGGUUUGCCGUUACCCAGAUUACAGGGAGCCGCCAGAUUCGCCGCACAAGUAUGAAUACACCACCAUGUUCUGGCAUAUACUAGCGGCUAAAUUAGCUUUUAUCGUUGUUUUUGAGAACAUUGUGGCGCUUGUGAUGAUUCUCGUACGGUGGUGUAUUCCCGAUAUGAGCCCGAAAUUACGUGACACGAUACGCCGCGAGGCAUACAUCACUAAUGAAAUUGUUAUACAUCAGGAGGCGCUGCGAGCUUGCGAGAGACCCGAGAUUAACGGUGUAGAACCGAGAGUCACGCAAACGUACGUAGUUGCGAAUGAAAGUGCCGACAGAUGGAACAGAGUUAUGAGAAAUUCUCUGACAACUUCCGACUUCGAUUUGGAGGUCCAUGGCAGUCCCGUCUCGCCCGCUAAUGCGGGUCCGCGUAUUAGUCCUGCUGCCGUCUGAUAUAUGCCAGGAGAACUCAACAAUUUGGUAUUAGAUUGACUGGAGAGUUCAUGUUGACCUUCUUUGCAAAAUUCAAACGCGAAAGUUCGAUUUAAGAAUUAAUUAAAAGUUUUGCCAAGGCAGUCGGCAGGAGUUUUCCGGUCAACCCAAUAGUUAUCCAAUGCAUAGAAUAGGUUUUUUGAAAAACAAUUGGUGCAAAAGACGUUAUCCUUUUUUAGAUAGGAAUGAAAACGAAAUAUAUUACACAGUUUCUGCAAGUAAUUUUUAUUUAAUUACUUUACUAAAUAAAAGUGUUGCUUGACGCUGUCUUUAGUUGGACGUUUAGUACUUUUCUGUCUUUUUUUUUUCUUCUUUUUAAUUCGACUGAGUUUGUCACUUACUCCUAGGAUGCAUAAACUUUAUCUAACCCUAGAUAAAAGUUUGCUUCUUUUACAUAAGCUGAAUCUCCCAAACAUAUUGAUUAAAAAAUAUGAAAUGAAAAAGUGAAUAAGUAAGUAAAUAAAGUAAAUAAGUGAGUAAUUACAACUGCUGUUUAAUUUGAUUAAAAUAUAGUAUUCUGAAAUACAUAUAGUGAAUCUCAAAGACUCUUAUGCAUCCUAGGUUUAAAGGAGAACUUGAUGAGAAAACGCGCAGUAAACUGUUUGCACCAAUUUAAUAAUAUCGUGAUUCUUCGCUAGUCGUGUUGUAAACUUGAAGAUUUGAUGAAAAAAGAUAUUAUUUUUGACAAUGUACAGUAAAAGUAAGAAUUUUAAUUGUUUCUUCUACAAUUGUUACACGCAUCAUAUAGAAUAUAUUUUAAAUAAAGGGAUCUGCAUAUUUUGUAAACUUUAUGGAAGACUCAAAAAAGUUGAUACAUUUUGCUACAUAUCAAAAUGGAAUUUUUUAAAGAAUACUGUAGCAUUAUAUAUAUAUUACAAAUCUACGUAUUGUUAUUGCCAAACUAUAUUUGACUUUAAUAUGAAUUAUCUUAUCGUUAAUAGCAAUAUUGUUGAAUCAUAUAUUUUAUAAAAUUGUAAAAUCUGCGACAUACUUGAAAGUUAUAUAAAAAAUGUUUCUUCUAUCUAAUGAUUUACUUAUGAUGCCAAAAUAUUAUUAAUAAUCUGUACUAUUAAUCACAUAAUACAAAAAUCAAAACGAAAGCAAAACCUGAUGACAUGUAAUAUCAAAUAAAUUAAUAUUACAAUCCUACCAUAAAUAUUAUAAUUAUCAGUCUGUAAAAACUUAUACAUUUUACAGAGGUGUUAAUUAUUGAUUGAUUGAUCAUAUAAAAUAAUUAUUAACUGCUCUAUAACAUUAUAAUUAUAUAGCAUUUAUAUGUUAUAAAUUAUAUUAAUUUUAUUUAAUUGAUAAUCAUGAUGAUUGAUUAUCAAUAAAAAUGAUAUUAAUAAAAUAAUCAUGCAAAGGUAAAUCAUUGGAUGCAAUUGACUUACAAUGUUAAUAGUUUUAUACAUGCAAAGAUCUAUAUUUAAUAACAAAAGUAUAAGGCAGAAAUGUAGAAUAUUACAAAUGUAUGUCCUCUUUAUAUUUUAUAUAUACACAUAUACAUAUAUAUAAUAUUUGAUAUGGAUAAACUAUACGGGUUAUUCUUGGAAUCUCUUAAGAUUUAAGAAAUUAUACUGCUAUGAUAUAUCUAAAUAUUAAUAAAUGACUCUGGUUCCUUCUCUAA